ACUCCCAGGAGAUCCGGGGCAUGGUGGUGGGAGUGGGGACAGUGUGGUUCGCUCUCCCACGUACGUGCCUUAUAACUAUAGCAGUUAUAGCCAUACUUAGGAGCUGGGGUGGUCAGCUGGCUUCCUGUGUUUGGUGCCUCCCUCUCCUCCACUGCCGCGCGCUGCACUUACCCAGCACGCACAUGGCUGGAGGUGAGAGCGUUCGGGGGGUACCGUGGAGGAUGCUGGGCAGAGGGUGGUCUCUUCACAGGCACUGUCUCAAGAUUUAUCUUUCAGGGUAAGCUCUGUGUCUGCAACAUAUGCUAGUGCUGGGAAAAGUCAGAGCAAGAGGACUCGACAAGCUGCACGACAAGUACAUUUUGUGCACUUUUCUCAGUGUGUGUUACAUGCCCCUAUUUACAUGGUUAAAUGAAAGAGGCAGAGAGAAACACAGAGGCAGGAAAGAUGAGAGAAUCAGAAGAGGCAGCAAGCCCUUCUGGGUCUGGCCCUGCCUAGGGACUGGCUGGCCAGCUGUCUCUCAGGGCCCCUGGUUCAGUGCUUGACAGAGCAAGCGGCCGGCUUGCCCUCUGCAGCGGUCUCUCCUGACUCUGGCUGAUUAGUCAUUGGAGAUGCCUUGCGCCUCCCUUUCCUGUCUUCCGCAGAAGGUGACAUCUUAGAGUUGGCUUCAAACAAAUGAUUUUAAGCAAAUACACAUAAGGGGAUUAUAAUAAAAGGGUGUCGCCUAUUUUGGGGGCAAACAUAAAAAACCAAAUGUGCUUUUAUGAUAUUUCAGAUUCGUUGCCUAAUUCCUAGGACAUGUUACCAACUCCAUUUUUCCUAUUUAAUUUAUUAAAAAACAAUGCUUCUCAACCCCUGUUGACAAAGUGAGCUGUGUUGAGUCAUAGUAGAGAGAUAUACACACAGAUAUACUCCCUGGGACUUGAGAGAGCACAGCUAGGGGGGGCGAAGCGAGGAGGGGGAGUCCUUGCCUUCAGUUGAUUCAAGAAGCGGAGGAGGAGACGCAUGCCCUGGCCUCCGCAGGCCGAGGCGCCGAGUCUGUUCUCUUGGUGGCCGUCUGCCUGCUCUUCCAGGUACCAAGGGGAGCUCAGUCAGGGGUCUCUCACUGCUCUCCGCUCUUGGCUGACAGCUGCCUCCCAACCCUCCCUGCAGGACAUGAAGGCACAGCGUGUGCCCCUCUGGCUCCUGGGCGCCAUGCUCCUGCAGUGCUCCGUGCACGCCCGAGGCCUCAGAAAAUGUCUGAUUUCCACGGACGUGCACCGCGCUGGAGAGAGCUUCUGAGCAAUCAGAAGAGCCAUCCAAGCUAAGGACGCCUUCCAAAAUGUCACCAUCCUGUCCGCAUUGGAGACCCUGCACCGCAUUAAGCCCCUAGACGUGUGCUGCAUGACCCAGAACCUGCUGGCGUUUUACAUGGACAGGGUGUUCAAGGACCAUCAGGGGCUGAACCCCCAAAUCUUGAGAAAAAUCAGCAGCAUUGCCAACUCUUUUCUCUCCAUGUGGAAGACUCUGCAGCAAUGUGAGCAGAGGCCGUGUCACUGCAGGCAGGAAGCCACCAACGCAACCAGAACCAUCCACGACAACUACAGUCAGCUGGAGGCCCAAUCUGCCGCCGUUAAGUCUCUGGGAGAGCUUGACGUCUUUCUAGCCUGGCUUGGCAAGAACCAUCAAGGAAGUUCCUCCAUCUGAUGACAAGGAACCUAAUCAGCCAGGGAGGAACAGCCCCUGCGAGGCUUCCUGGGGAGCUAGCCCAAUGGGAAGGGGAGGGCGGUGCAGGAGGCCCCAAUUUUAUGCAAAUAAGGGCCUUUUUGAGGAAACCUCUCUGCUGAUUUGGAAUUCUCUUUUCUGGGAUGAGCUAUUGGAGGGGAAAAGCUAGGUGUGAGCAGCUGUCACCCUGCAGCUGCCUCGCUGAAAGUAGCCAAAUCGCCUACUGUCAUAUUUGCAAUAAAACACGUCUGUUGAAAGGUCCUGCGUCCAGGCCACCCUGGAGGGAAAAGUUGGCUUCCCCUCAUUUCCUGUGAGGUUGUUGAUCCCAUGGCUGUGAUGGGAGCCAAGAGAUAUCCUGCAGUGCAUAUUGUACCGACCGACUUUUCUGAAUAAACUCUCUUCUU